AAUGGCGGCGAUGGGGAGCGGCCCAACGAGGCCGCGCUGGUGAGCCGGGCAGCGGGCCGAUGCUGCCCGUCGGAGCCGCGUCCCGCAGGUUACCUAGGGUGAAGCAAAAUUGCAGACUUGGAAACUCUGGGAAAGCUCAGAAUCAGCAUUUUGAGAGUCGAAGCGUGGGCAUAAUGUAAUUUACCCAUAGAGUGAUAUCAUGAUGUCAAAAUGCAGUUCAGGCAACAACAACACAGAGGUCUCAGAAAUUAAAACGUAAGCUGUGCUAGAACAAAAAUGCAAUGAAAGAAACACUGGAUGAAUGAAAAGCCCUGCUUUGCAAUCCCUCAGCAUGGCAGGACUACAGCUCAUGACCCCUGCUUCCUCCCCAAUGGGUCCUUUUUUUGGACUUCCAUGGCAACAAGAAGCAAUUCAUGAUAACAUAUACACGCCAAGAAAAUAUCAGGUUGAACUGCUUGAAGCAGCUCUGGAUCAUAAUACAAUAGUCUGUUUAAACACUGGCUCAGGGAAGACAUUUAUUGCAGUACUACUCACUAAAGAGCUGUCCUAUCAGAUCAGGGGAGAUCUCAACAAAAAUGGGAAAAGGACUGUAUUUUUGGUCAACUCUGCAAACCAAGUUGCUCAGCAGGUAUCAGCUGUCAGAACCCAUUCAGAUCUCAAGGUGGGAGAAUAUUCAAGCCUAGAAAUAAGUGCAUCUUGGACAAAAGAAAAAUGGAACCAAGAGUUUACCCAACAUCAGGUUCUGGUUAUGACCUGUCAUGUCGCUUUGAAUGUUUUAAAAAAUGAUUACCUAUCCUUAUCAGACAUAAACCUUUUGGUGUUCGAUGAAUGUCAUCUUGCAAUCCUAGACCACCCCUAUCGAGAAAUUAUGAAGAUCUGUGAAAAUUAUCCAUCGUGUCCUCGAAUUUUGGGACUAACUGCAUCCAUUUUAAAUGGGAAAUGUGAUCCAGCGGAGUUGGAGGAGAAGAUUCAGAAACUGGAGAAAAUCCUUAAGAGCAAUGCUGAAACUGCAACCGAUUUGGUGGUUUUAGACAGAUACUCUUCUCAGCCAUGUGAGAUUGUAGUGGAUUGUGGACCAUAUGUUGAUAAAAGCGGACUCUAUGAAAGACUGCUGAAGGAAUUGGAUGAAGCACUUAAUUUUCUCAAUGACUGCAACAUAACUGUACUUUCUAAAGAACGAGAUUCUACGUUAAUUUCUAAACAGAUACUGUCAGACUGUCGAGCGGUUUUGGUGGUUCUGGGACCUUGGUGUGCAGAUAAAGUAGCUGGUAUGAUGGUAAGAGAACUCCAGAAGUAUAUCAAACACGAACAAGAGGAGCUGCACAGAAAAUUUUUAUUGUUUACAGACACUUUCCUAAGGAAAAUACAUGCACUCUGUGAAGAGCACUUCUCACCUGCCUCACUUGACCUGAAAUUUGUAACCCCAAAAGUGAUCAAACUGCUUGAAAUAUUGCGCAAGUAUAAACCAUUUGAGCGGCAGCAGUUUGAAAGUGUUGAGUGGUAUAACAAUAGGAACCAAGAUAAUUAUGUUUCUUGGAGCGAUUCCGAAGAUGAUGACGAGGAUGAGGAAAUUGAAGAAAAAGAGAAGCCAGAGACAAAUUUUCCCUCUCCAUUUACCAACAUUUUAUGUGGAAUUAUUUUUGUGGAGAGAAGAUACACGGCAGUGGUUUUAAACAGAUUGAUAAAGGAAGCUGGCAAACAAGAUCCAGAACUGGCUUAUAUCAGCAGCAAUUUUAUAACUGGCCAUGGCAUUGGAAAGAAUCAACCUCGUAGCAAACAGAUGGAAGUGGAAUUUAGAAAACAGGAAGAGGUGCUUAGGAAAUUUCGAGCACAUGAGACCAACUUACUCAUUGCAACUAGUAUAGUGGAAGAGGGUGUUGACAUACCAAAAUGCAACUUGGUGGUCCGUUUUGAUUUGCCCACAGAGUACCGCUCUUACGUGCAGUCCAAGGGAAGAGCUAGGGCACCGAUCUCUAAUUACAUCAUGUUAGCAGACACAGACAAAAUCAUAACCUUUGAAGAAGAUCUCAAAACCUACAAAGCUAUUGAAAAGAUCUUAAGAAACAAGUGCUCCAAGUCAGUCGAUCCUGGGGAAACCGAAACGGAACCAGUGGUGGAUGAUGAUGACAUUUUCCCACCCUACGUGCUCCGACCAGAUGAUGGCAGUCCAAGAGUCACCAUUAACACGGCUAUAGGACACAUCAAUAGAUACUGCGCUAGAUUACCAAGUGAUCCAUUUACUCAUCUAGCUCCAAAAUGUAAAACGAGAGAACUUCCUGAUAGUACAUUUUACUCAACCCUUUAUCUGCCAAUCAACUCUCCGCUCCGAGCCUCGAUCGUGGGUCCUCCAAUGAGCUGUACAAGACUGGCAGAGAGAGUUGUAGCUCUUAUUUGCUGUGAAAAACUGCACAAAAUUGGUGAACUGGAUGAUCAUUUAAUGCCAGUUGGAAAAGAGACUGUUAAGUACGAGGAGGAGCUUGAUUUACACGACGAAGAAGAAACCAGUGUUCCAGGAAGACCCGGCUCCACCAAACGAAGGCAGUGCUACCCGAAAGCAAUUCCAGAGUGUUUGCGGAAUAGUUAUCCCAAACCUGAUCAACCCUGUUAUCUAUAUGUAAUAGGAAUGGUGUUAACUACACCUUUACCUGACGAACUCAACUUUAGAAGGCGGAAACUGUAUCCUCCUGAGGAUACCACAAGAUGUUUUGGAAUACUGACAGCCAAACCUAUACCUCAGAUUCCUCAUUUUCCUGUGUAUACUCGGUCGGGAGAGGUUACCAUAUCUAUUGAGCUGAAGAAAUCUGGUUUCACUUUGUCGUUGCAAAUGCUCGAGCUGAUCACAAGACUCCACCAAUACAUUUUCUCCCAUAUUCUUCGGCUUGAAAAACCUGCACUAGAAUUCAAACCCACAGAAGCUGAUUCAGCCUACUGUGUUCUACCUCUUAAUGUCGUUAAUGACUCCAGCACUUUGGACAUUGACUUUAAAUUCAUGGACGAUAUCGAAAAAUCAGAAGCUCGUACAGGCAUUCCCAGUACACAGUAUACAAAAGAAACACCUUUUAUUUUCAAACUAGAGGAUUAUCAGGAUGCAGUUAUCAUUCCAAGGUAUCGCAAUUUCGAUCAGCCUCAUCGAUUUUAUGUAGCUGAUGUAUACACUGAUCUUACUCCACUCAGUAAAUUCCCUUCCCCUGAAUAUGAAACUUUUGCUGAAUAUUACAAAACAAAGUAUAAUCUUGACCUGACCAAUCUCAACCAGCCACUGCUGGAUGUGGACCACACAUCUUCAAGACUUAAUCUUUUGACUCCUCGCCAUUUAAACCAGAAGGGCAAAGCUCUUCCAUUAAGCAGUGCUGAGAAAAGGAAAGCCAAAUGGGAAAGUCUGCAGAAUAAGCAGAUCCUGGUUCCAGAGCUCUGUGCUAUCCAUCCAAUUCCAGCGUCACUGUGGAGAAAAGCGGUCUGCCUCCCCAGUAUACUUUAUCGCCUGCACUGCCUGUUGACAGCCGAGGAGCUGAGAGCCCAGACAGCCAUCGAUGCUGGGGUAGGGGUUCAAUCGCUUCCUGCCGAUUUCAGAUAUCCCAACUUGGACUUUGGGUGGAAAAAAUCUAUUGACAGCAAAUCCUUCAUCUCAAUUCCUAACUCCUCUUUAGCUGAAAAUGAAAAUGACUGUAAGCACAGCACAAUUUUAGUCCCUGAAAAUGCUGCACAUCAAGGUGCUAAUAAAACCUCCUCUGAAGAAAAUCAUGACCAGAUGUCUGUGAACUACAGAAUACCGCUCGAGUCACCCAGUAAACUCCAAAUUGAAGUCUCGACAGACCUUUCAGCAAUUAAUGGUAUUUCUUACAAUAAAAGUUUUGCCAAUGGCAAUUGUGAUUUAGUUAACAAAGACUUUUGCCAAGGAAAUCAACUCAAUUACUAUAAGCAGGAAAUACCUAUACAACCAGCUACCUCAUAUCCGAUGCAGAAUUUAUACAGUAGUGAGAACCAGCCCAAGCCCAGCAAUGAAUGUACUCUACCGAGUAAUAAAUACCUUGAUGGAAAUGUUAACAAAUCUACCUCAGAUGGAUGCCCCGAGAUGGCAGUGACCACCAGUACUUUAGAAGUUGUCGAUGCGUCGAAAGAUAUGAUUGUUUCUGAAUAUAGCCCUUCCAAUGGAUAUUCCUCAAAAACCCUCGGUCCCAAUCCCGGUCUCAUUCUCCAGGCUCUGACCCUUUCGAAUGCUAGUGAUGGAUUUAACCUGGAGCGACUUGAAAUGCUCGGUGACUCCUUUUUAAAGCACGCCAUCACUACAUACCUGUUUUGCACUUACCCUGAUGCUCACGAGGGACGCCUGUCAUAUAUGCGAAGCAAAAAAGUCAGCAACUGUAAUCUGUAUCGACUUGGGAAGAAGAAGGGGCUGCCUAGUCGCAUGGUGGUGUCCAUUUUUGAUCCCCCUGUCAACUGGCUUCCUCCUGGUUACAUUGUAAAUCAAGACAAGAGCAACCCUGAUAAAUGGGAAAAAGACGAUCCGACAAAAGACAGCAUGUUGGCUAAUGGAAAACUGGACGAUGAUUUUGAUGAGGAAGAGGAUGAAGACUUGAUGUGGAGGCUCCCAAAGGAAGAAGCUGAUUACGAAGAUGACUUUUUGGAGUACGAUCAGGAACACAUCAAGUUUAUAGAUAAUAUGUUGAUGGGAUCGGGGGCUUUUGUGAAGAAAAUUUCUCUUUCUCCCUUUUCAACCACUGAUUCUAAUUACGAAUGGAAAAUGCCCAAAAAGGCAUCCCUGGGUAAUGUACAGUUUUCAUCCGAUUUUGAUGAUUUUGACUACAGCUCUUGGGAUGCAAUGUGCUAUUUGGAUCCUAGCAAAGCUGUCGAGGAGGACGAUUUUGUGGUUGGCUUCUGGAAUCCCUCCGAAGAAAACUGUGGCAUCGACACAGGGAAACAGUCGAUCUCUUACGACCUGCAUACGGAGCAGUGCAUCGCCGACAAGAGCAUCGCAGACUGUGUGGAGGCUCUGCUGGGCUGCUACUUGACCAGCUGCGGUGAGAGAGCUGCCCAGCUUUUUCUCUGUUCUUUGGGCCUGAAGGUUCUCCCGGUAAUUAAGAAGACUGAGUGGGAGAGCACUCUGUGCCCCAGCACGCAGAGUUUCAACGAUCCACCGAGGAAUCUGCUGGCAAACUAUGCCCCUGCCUCCGCAACCAACGUGCAGUCUUCUUUCUAUAAAGACAUGGAGUAUGGUUGCCUGAAGAUUCCCCCGAGGUGCAUGUUUGAUUAUCCGGAUGCAGAGAAAACACUGAUUCACCUUAUAUCGGGCUUUGAAAACUUCGAAAGAAAAAUCAACUACAGUUUCAAGAACAAGGCGUAUCUUCUCCAGGCAUUUACUCAUGCCUCUUACCACUACAAUACCAUUACUGAUUGUUACCAGCGCUUGGAAUUCCUGGGAGAUGCAAUUUUGGACUACCUCAUAACCAAGCACCUUUAUGAAGACCCACGGCAGCACUCCCCAGGAGUUCUAACUGACUUGCGAUCCGCUCUGGUCAACAACACCAUCUUUGCGUCUUUAGCUGUGAAGUAUGACUACCACAAGUACUUCAAAGCUGUCUCCCCAGAGCUGUUCCACGUCAUUGAUGACUUCGUGCAGUUUCAGCUUGAAAAGAAUGAAAUGCAAGGAAUGGAUUCUGAGCUUAGAAGAUCCGAAGAGGAUGAGGAAAAAGAAGAAGAUAUAGAAGUCCCAAAGGCCAUGGGGGAUAUAUUCGAGUCACUUGCUGGUGCCAUCUACAUGGACAGCGGAAUGUCACUAGAAAUGGUUUGGCAAGUCUACUAUCCGAUGAUGCGGCCACUGAUAGAAAAAUUUUCUGCAAAUGUCCCCCGUUCCCCAGUUCGGGAGUUGCUAGAAAUGGAACCAGAAACCGCCAAAUUUAGUCCCGCAGAGAGAACCUACGACGGGAAGGUCAGAGUAACCGUGGAAGUGGUAGGAAAGGGGAAGUUUAAAGGUGUCGGCCGAAGCUACAGGAUUGCGAAGUCCGCAGCUGCGAGACGAGCACUACGAAGCCUCAAAGCAAACCAACCUCAGGUUCCAAACAGCUGAGAAUCCUCCGUGGGGAAAAAAAAAUGAGAACGAAGAUGAAAAAGAUAUCAGAAGAGGAAACCGGUAAAAAGGUGACGUUGAGAGGAACAAAUCGAAGACAGAAUUUAAAGUCUGUUGAUAACAGAAUAGAUAGCAGAAUAAAAACAUUUAACGUAUGUAUAAAACUUUUUGGAACUAAUUGUAGUUUUAGUUUUUUGCGCAAACACAAUCUUGUCUUCUUUCCUCACUUCUGCUUUGUUUAAUCACAAGAGUGCUUUAAAGAUGACAUUAGCAAGUAUUCGAAAUAAUAAUAGUUAUCAGAUCUCUUUUGGGUUUUAACUUUUGUCAGUACAGCUUUGCUUAGUGGUAGAAGGCCAGGGAGCUAUGUUGAAACCAGUCGUUAGGUUUAUCUAGAGAGUAAUCUUGAAAUUCCUCAAUCUGUGCACUGUGCCAGUCACAAAAGAGUUUAUAAACUGUAUUGAAUGAUAUGGUAUGAGAGAGAAUAAGUGUGCCAGUAUUGUCCUCUAUUUCCAUGUUAUCUUCAGCUAAGAUAACAUUCCCAAUCAUUAUUGCACUUAUAAGUUAGGAACAGAUUUUUAAUUGAAAUGGCCAGAGUGUUGGUAGAAAGAAAAUUGGAUUUCCUGAUGCCACAUAGUCUUGCAUAAAAAAGGUUCUUGCCUUAAAGGAAAAAAACGCUCAUGGAUAGUCUUUCAUUUCUGAUUCUUCUUUGGAACAAACUAUCUUACAUUCCCUCCAGGUUAUUAUGCAUUGGUCAGUAAUACAGCCGUAUAUUUACAACUCAUCUGUGUAGCUGACACCUAACUUAUUACAGGAUUAUAAUAGAUGUUACCUUGACAUAUAUAUGUAGUGGACCUGUUUUAAAAAAUCAGAAAAGGUGGUUAACCUAAGGAUUUUUUCUUAUACCAUAAACAAAAAUGGGUGUUGGAAAAAUUUCUGCUUUUUACUGAAAAGUGCAAGCUAGGUAGUUCCAGGAAUGGAAAGAUUUAGUAGAGAGUGGUUGCAUUGUGCAGGCUGUUGCUCUAACAAAAUAACCUUAGACAUAUCACACCUAAAAUAUGCUGCAGAUUUUAUAAUUGAUUGGUUACUUAUUAAAAACACACACACACACACAGAGCACCUUUACACUUAAAGAUUUCUCGCAAAUAUUUCUUACUGUACUUUUCACGAUGUUGCAUGCAUAAUUCACCUACCAAAGCUGUGCUGUGAAAUGUCAUGAGAGUUUGAUGUUUGAGAUAAACUGCCGUACUUUUGAUACAUCUGUGAUUUAGGUCAUUCAAUUUAGAGAAACUAGCUCAUUGUUUCAGUUUAUUUGAAAAAGAAGAAAAAAAUCCAUAUUUUUAGGCAUUGCCUAAACCUCUUUAAUUAGACUUUGUAGGCACUCUUCACUUAAAUACCUCAGUUCUUUUUUUCUUUUGCAUGCUGCGUUGUUUUUUUUUUUUCUGUUUGGUGCUAUGUUUAUGUAUUAUGCUUGAAAUUUUAAUUUUUUGCACUGUAACUAUAAUACCUCUUAAUUUACCUUUUUAAAAGCUGUGGGUGUGUCUUGAGCUCCCACCAAGAUACCAGUAGAGGUUUGCUGCAAUUUUGCCCUGUUUAAUUAUGCUUGAAGUUUGAGAGAGCUGAGCAGAGGUGUUUUAAUGUUCCCAGCACAUGUCUGAACUUGAUGCUUCUCGUAAUGCUAUAUUUUUAUGUGUUAAAUUACAAUUGAAUACUGUACUCCUUGCUUUUAACUACACCACCAUCCCCAGAAGAAAGUCCUCUCCUUGGCGUAAACACUUUAAAAAAAAUAUAUACAAAACUGUUACCCUUGCUUUCUUUUAAGCCUGAGGGACAGGGAACAUUUGAACUUUUUUAGAAAUGCUGGUUAUUUAUUGGAUCCUGAAAUUUUAAAAUUAUUUAUGAAUUUUGCACCAAUUAAAUUCAUCUUAGGUGGUCAUUUUAAUUUCUCUACUUCUGUAUUGAAAACUUAACCUUCUGUUCUUUUUUUUUAACCUCACGUAGGACAAAUGAUAAUCAUGGCAAGUUUUAACCAGGCCAAAUUUGAAUACCAUUACUGUAAAUAUUUUCUGUUUGUUCUGCAAAACAAAAGUUGAUUUUGUUAAUUUUUUUUGCCUGGCUUAUUUGUGAUGAAUGCUUGUAUCAGAAAUCUUGUUGGUAAUUUUCAAUCUACCUGAUGCCAGAAAUUGAGGUUUUUUUGUUUUCGUUUUUGUUUUUAAUUCCAUAGUUUGAAUGUUUUACUCCAAAUGUCGAUUUAUCCCAUUACUGCUUGGCACCGAGAUCUCAAAUUUUGUUGCACCUCAUAGUGGAGAGGGAAGAGAGAAUGCCUCAAUCUGCUUUACACCAUUAAACACAGUGUUCUCAGUUAAUAUUACAUUUUUCAAACUGGGAAAUUAUUGGGUCAUACAUUCUCAGGGUUUUAAAUCAAAUGUUCAUAUUUGGUCAACAGCAAACUUCAGCUAAUCAAUUUUAACGUAAAGAAAAGGCUUGCUUUAAUUUGAAGCAUAUUUUCUGAAGCCUUCAAUGAUCCCCUUGUUUCUAAAUGAAAUCUAUGAAUUGGACAUUUGAAAUGGGAAUCUAGGGGUUGGAAAAUAGUUCCAGCCUGCCGAAGCAUUCUUGAUGCUGUAAAUUUCCUCCCAGUGUAACCUCACUGAAAUAGGUUUUGCAUCCAUGGAUGAAGAAAAUCAUUUGUUUGCCACACUGUAGAACUGUGUUCUUUACCCUUCUGGUCACACGAGUGCUCUCUUUGACAGAAGAUCCUUCGUAUUCAAAGACCUAAAUCUACUAGUUGGAGGGAGGGGAUGGAAAAAAAAUCACGCAGUAGGCUAAAAGCACCAGUGUAAAUGACAGUCGCAACCUAUCGUGAAAUAGCAGCCACACGGACUCCUUAGGAAGAUAGUUGAGGGGGGGUGGGGGGCGUUUAGUUGGGCGGAACCAUUAAAGCAUUUUAAUUUUCCUUUUUCUAUUAGACUGUUCUUUAAUCUGUCCUCCUAACUAUGCUGCGAUUUUAUAGCUUUUUGUUUUGCGCUGUUCCGUUCAUGUAGCACAAAGAAGCGUUGCACUUGGUACCAUGCUUUACCUCAUUUCAAGGAGAAAAUAUGCUUAACGGAGAGGAAAAAAAAUGUGGUUUGGCCUUGCUGCUGUUUUGAUUUCCUGAAUUUGAAAAAGAUAAUUAUAAUGCCUGCAAUGUGUCAUUUACUUGCACAACUUAAAUAGGUCAUUUGUAAUGUCUGUGGCAUUUUUACUGUAUGUGAAAAAUACGACAAAGACGUGUUAACGAAAUUCUGAUUUCUGUUUUAAAGCCCUUUGUUACAACUGUCUUUUACUGUUAUGUGAAGUAAUUCAGAUCAGAAUGACCUCUGACACUCCCGUAAUUAUCUCCGAAUGAACAACAUUUCAUGUAUAUAGUAUAGGAUUUCAUCGUGAAGCCCAGUCUCUCUGUGAUUUGGCCAUCCGAAAGGACCGCCCCUCCCUGCACCUUUAAGAGUCUGUAGUGUUUCUUCGUUCCGCUCGUUCAGCUCGUAACUACUAUUUUUUGGCCUCAUGAAGCUCGCCCUUUGUUCUCCUUUACCUGAAGUUUAUGCUGUGACUGCAGAGUACAGAGCAGGAUAGGGAAUCAAGCCAGCCAGACCCGACAGGCAUCGCACAGCAGGUUGCAAGCAAGGCCCAAACGACUUACUCUCCGUGUCGCUGUGUUUAGGAGGUCGAUCUCCCUCGGAAGAGAAAAUGCCAGCUGAGAAACCAUCCCUGGCAGGCUCUAGGGAAUCUGCAGAAAACUCUUUUCAACCCCCAACCUCACCGGGACUCUCAUAGCUACAGAAGAGAAAUUUGCUGUGGUGUUGGUUAACUUUGCGUUAGUGACUUUUUUUUUUUAUUAAAUAUAUUCAGUUAUGUAUAUUUUUCAACCACUGAGUGAUUUUGAGGAAACUAAUUAUUUCCCCGUGAAUUUCUUUCUUUUAUACUGUGCAUUAAAUGUUUUUGAAGACCAACGCAUGUAACAUGACUGUCAAAAUGAUGGUGACGACAGUAGCAAUACAUUGCUAACUUUCCAGAGAGGUCAUUGUAUACUCCACUAGCAGUGAAAAUGAAUUUCUUGUUAAGGAAUGACUUGUAAAUACAUAUUGAUUCAGUUGAUUUUUUUUUUUUUAAUCCUCCCAGCCUGUUUUUAUUUGGACAGCCACCACAGGUGAACUUGCUUUGUAGAUGCACUCGAAAUUCACUGCAGCAGCAGCAGCAGGCUAUGUAGCAAAAGGCAGAGGUUCGGCGACAGGAAUUGGAAAUCGCAAGCUUUUUUAUUGUAAAUAAUUGGAAACAAAUGAUGGUUAAUCAAAUAGAAUUCAUAAUAACAAGUAUAAUUUGAUGGACGAGAAGAUAUUUGCCAUCACGUGCUGCAGCUGUCUUUAAGGGACAUAAAAUGUUACUCAUUCAUACUGUAAUCAUGCUGCAGAAAUUUGCAGUCUGCACCUUAUGGAUCACAAUUACCUUUAAUAGUUUUGUUUUUUUCUUUUUGUAAUAACUGUAGCUGAGUAUAUCUCCAAUAAAGUUAUGGUCUGUUCACUCUU